AUGUCUCUCCCAAGAAGAACUGGGAUACUUGCUGUCUUGCUUGUAAUUAUAUUCCUGGAUAAUAUUGACCUAAAAGAAGAAGAACCUGGAAAAGCUGACAAGAGAGAAUCAUUUUGGAUAAAAAUAUUGGCAACAUUUAGGCAACUUCAAGAUAAAAGACAAGCUCUUCUUAUUCCUCUAACAAUGUGGAGUGGCUUUGAACAAGGAUUUCUCGCUGGAGACUUCACAAAGUCUUAUGUUACCUGUUCUCUUGGGAUACAUUUUGUUGGAUAUGUAAUGAUCUGCUUUGCAGCAGUCAAUGCAGUCUGCUCUUUGCUAUUUGGGAAACUUUCUCGAUAUACUGGAAGGAUGUUUCUAUUUUUUCUAGCCGCACUGACCAAUUUUGCAACAAUAUUAGCUUUUCUCUUCUGGAUGCCUUCUCCAACUGAGCUUCCUGUGUUUUUCUUAUUUCCUGCAAUUUGGGGUAUGGCCGAUGCCAUAUGGCAAACACAAACCAACUCACUUUAUGGAGUAUUAUUUGACAAGCACAAAGAAGCUGGCUUUGCCAAUUAUCGUCUGUGGGAGUCUUUCGGAUUUGUUAUAGCUUAUGGGUAUAGCAAUUUUUUGUGUGUAUCUGCAAAAUUGUAUAUAUUACUUUCUGUACUUUUAUUUGGAACAACGCUUUAUGCUGUAGUUGAAUAUGUUGAAAAUAAAAAAAUCGUGCUAAGCAGCAAAGAAAGAAAUGCAGUGGAUAUCAAUGACUGCCUUUGGCAGCAGACUAAAAUGUAA